GAGUCCUUUAUUUAUUUCUUUGUUUCCAGUGGGGAAAAAUAAUAACAGCGACAUAUACCACAGGCACUUCAUUUAUUAUCUGGGUCCGAAUACUCAAGAAAACUGGAUAAGAUUACAGUGGUUACUCGAAGGCCAAAGCCAAGGGGAGGAGGAUGAAGCGGCGCAAUGCGGACUGCAGCAAACUCCGACGGCCGUUAAAACGGAACCGAAUCACUGAGGGUAUAUACGGCAGUACCUUCCUGUACCUGAAGUUCCUGGUGGUUUGGGCCCUGGUGCUGCUGGCAGACUUUGUAUUGGAGUUCAGGUUCGAGUACCUCUGGCCGUUCUGGCUCUUCAUCCGCAGUGUGUACGACUCCUUUAGAUACCAGGGGCUGGCCUUCUCAGUAUUCUUUGUGUGUGUGGCGUUUACCUCGGACAUUAUUUGCCUCCUCUUCAUCCCAGUGCAAUGGCUAUUCUUCGCUGCCAGUACCUAUGUGUGGGUGCAGUAUGUUUGGCAUACAGAGAGAGGAGUCUGUCUGCCCACCGUGUCUCUAUGGAUACUCUUUGUGUACAUCGAGGCAGCCAUCAGAUUCAAAGACCUGAAGAACUUCCACGUGGACCUGUGUCGUCCCUUUGCUGCACACUGCAUUGGCUACCCAGUGGUCACGCUGGGCUUCGGCUUCAAGAGCUACGUAAGCUAUAAGAUGCGCCUUCGGAAGCAGAAGGAGGUGCAGAAGGAGAACGAGUUUUACAUGCAGCUCCUGCAGCAGGCUCUGCCUCCGGAGCAACAGAUGCUCCAGAGGCAAGAGCGAGAAGCAGAAGAAGCAGCAGUAGUAGCAGCAGCAGCAGCAGCUAAAGGAAUAUCUGAAGUGGACACGCCUCCAGUGUCACAGAAUGGCGCUCCAGCCAAUAAAAAGACAUCGGCACCUCUGCCAGAGUUAGAGUUUAGAGAAAAAGGGAAAGAGGGAAAGGGCGAUGCUAAAAAACAGCACAACAGCAUCCUGCCAUCAGCAGUGGACUCUAAGCUCCAAGAGAUGGAGUAUAUGGAGAACCAUAUGAACAACAAGAGACUGACCACAGAGCUGGGCAGCACAGAAAACCUGUUGCUUAAAGAGGACAACAAUUCAUCGUGCUCCUCCUCAUCCUCAUCCUCCUCCAAAAACUACAAAAAUGCUAGCAGCAAUGCCGCGACGCUCAACUCCUCCCCCCGCGGACACAGUGCUUCCAACGGCAGCGUCCCCUCCGCACCCUCAUCCUCCUCUUCCACGGGGAAGAACGAAAAGAAGCACAAGUUAGCAGUGGGGAAGGGGACAUCGGGGGGCUCCCACAAGGAUCCCACAGACAACUGCAUCCCCAACAACCAGCUGAGCAAGCCAGAAGCACUUGUUAGGUUGGAGCAGGAUGUAAAGAAGUUGAAGGCCGACCUGCAGGCCAGCCGGCAGGUGGAGCAGGACCUGCGCAGCCAGAUCGGCUCGCUGGGCAGCGCCGAGCGCUCCAUACGCACCGAGCUGAGCCAGCUGCGCCAGGAGAACGAGCUGCUGCAGAACAAGCUCCAUAAUGCAGUGCAGGCAAAGCAAAAGGACAAACAGUCAGUGGGCCAACUGGAGAAGAGGCUCAAAGCAGAGCAGGAGGCUCGAGCCGCCGCAGAGAAACAGCUCGCAGAUGAAAAGAAGCGGAAGAAGUUAGAGGAGGCCACAGCAGCCAGAGCAGUAGCACUAGCAGCAGCAUCCAGAGGGGAGUGCACAGACACGCUGAGGCGGCGAAUCAAUGAAUUAGAAACAGAGUGUAAGAAAUUAUCAAUGGACAACAAGCUAAAGGAAGACCAGAUAAGAGAGCUUGACUUGAAAGUUCAGGAGCUUCAUAAAUAUAAGGAAAAUGAAAAAGACACAGAGGUGCUGAUGUCGGCGCUGUCAGCCAUGCAGGACAAGACGCAGCACCUGGAAAACAGUCUGAGUGCAGAAACCAGGAUCAAACUGGACCUGUUCUCUGCGCUGGGAGACGCCAAGAGACAGCUGGAGAUCGCACAAGCUCAGAUUCUGCAGAAGGACCAGGAAAUAAAAGAUCUGAAACAGAAGAUAGCCGAAGUGAUGGCCGUCAUGCCCAGCAUCUCCUACUCAUCCGACAACAGCAGCAUGAACCCCGUGGCCCCCCAUUACUCCUCCAAGUUCAUGGACACCAAUCCCUCCGGCCUGGACCCCAACGCCUCCGUAUACCAGCCACUCAAAAAGUGAACGCUACGUCCCGCGCCCUCUCCUGCCUCUGUCAUCUUUUAUUUCUCCUGCAGGCCCACCACCUUCCACUCUGCUCGGCAUGUCUGCGGCUGAGAACAUUGUUUUUCUCUGGUUAUUAUUUUGUUCUCCUCGCCAGCUCAAAAGGAUGUUGUAUCGUGUGACUGUAUUUGUUGUAGUUAAAACAAAGACAAAAAAACUUUAAAGCGGACAUCACAUGUCAACAUGGAAGUCACUCUAAAGUGUCUAGUGAAACCUCACAGAAUCGGGUUUGUAUUUUCAUCUCAAGGAGGGUUUUGCUCUCCCUCGCCCACCACCACAACCUGCUCUUUGGUCCUGGGGGAAUAGCUGCUUUAUUAUUUUAGCUUGAUUAUUGCCUCCUAAAACUUGGAGUUCUCCUACUAUGAUACAGCCUGACUAGUAUCUCCAUUUCUUUGACAGAUUUGUUUUCUUUCUCCCGAGGUAAUAUGGCAACAUCUGUGCAACCAGAGGAAUGUAGUGCAAAGUUGGCACGGACUCUCAGCCCUGUUAUUUAAUUUGUUUUAAACCAAAAUGAACCCUGAUUUUGGGGGUUUCGGUGGUAAAUAGUUUUUAAAGUGUAUUGUGUGGUUCUAUUGGUUCGCUCUUUUAGAUUUCAAGUUUUGAUUGCAAUACGUUGGAAAACAUCUUGUGUUAUGAGCAGAAACCAUAAAAUGCAAUGAACCCAAGCAGCAAGUCAUGUUCAGCAUUAAUGAAAAAAAAGCUGUUUUGUCCCCCCCCUGCCCCCCAGAGUUUUUAAGUUGAAGAAAGUGCUGUCACAGGAGCAUGUGUAUAUACAAGUGUACCGGCCUCUCUGCACUCUCUUUCAUCCGUUUUUAUGAUCAGUGCCUUGAGUUCAGGACAGUUUGGUGAUGAGAUGCAGUCCAACACGUUGUGAAUUAUAAGUAAAGCAUCUGGCUCGGAUGGAAGAAUUUGACCUAGCCUUGUGAAGUGGGAAAAAGUUGCCUUUAGACUGUGAUUUGGCUUUUGGACUUCGUACUGAUAUCCCCGAUUUGUAGGGAAGCUGAUCCACCGUGUCCACUCGAGGGUAGCUUCUGUACGUCUCAUUUACCAGAUUUAAUGGACCACAACAAAUUAAUUGUACUUCUAUUUGCCUAUCAGUACGUCCACUGCUUCCAGGUCUCUGGAUCGUCACAUUUCCAUUCACAGAAGCUCACCUCUACUGGUGUUAAAGCCCCGAAUCCUUGGCUUUAGCUGCUGCCCCCCUAUGUCCUUUUAUUAUUUCCAAUUUUUAAAGUUUCACUGUCGAAAAUACAGACGAAAGGGAAAACUCUAAAGAUGGACUGUGCAAUGUAAACAAAGCUUUGGAAAUGCCAACGUUAAUAGAGCAGUUUAAAUAAUUUUAUUUAAUGAAUCCUCCACAUCAGUUUGUGUGCCAAGACUGGGAAUGCUCGUUUCUCUAGUAACGUGUUCAAGAAUGUACCGCAAAUACAUUGGCCGAAGUGUUUGUCAAUUAUCCAGUUUAAAUAUCACUUAAUGGAAGUUUCUGUUAAGCAGGUAGAGAAAGUGGUCACCUGUUUGUAGUAGACUGUGUAGUUUAAAAAGUAAGGGACUAGAAAGUCACAUUUAUUUUUGUGAAUGUUACAGUAUUUGCAACUGUUGGGGAAGUAGCUGUCUUUAAGAGCAGCUAUCCUUACUCCUGUUUCUGGUAUUAUUGUUAUUUUCCUGCAGGGAGAAAAAUCGCUUGAGUCUGAUGUGGUUUCUCCAUCAUCUGAAAUGGUCUUUGUUGUGCGCGUGGUUUUUCACCUUCUGUAUAAGGAGA